AUGUACUUCUCUCCCGCCACCAUCCUUCUCGGCCUCGUCGCCCUCUCCGCAGCCGGUCCUGUGGGCACCAAAACCAGGGUCAAGCGAGCCCUCACCGCCCGACCGUACAGCGAAUUCCAGGUUUCGGAUGGCGUGGCGGGCAAUGCGUUGGCCGAAGUCAACGCCCAAUUCCCUAUCGACACCUCCGACCUCGCCUCCGUGUCGGCAUCCGACCUCCAAAUCAUCCAGGACGCCCGUGUGACCGCCGAAGACGCCGAGACUGGCACGGGCGGGUUCAACGACGAGAUCGCCGCGGCCGGAGACGCCGACACCACGGCGCUACAGAACGGGAAGAUCAAGAACAAGGUGCUCAAGCUGCAGUUGGAGGUGUUGGCGCUGCAGAUCCAGGCUGCCCAGGGAGACGCCGACCAGGCCAAGAUCGACGAGGAAACCACCAAGCUCAACAACAACAUCGCCUUGGACAAGAAGGCCGCAGGCCAGGAGAGUGUUGGCGUCACUGCCACUUUUAAUGGAGACUAG